AUGACCGAUUGCCAGAUUAGCAAGAAGAAGAAGGUUGUGGCUGAUGGGGUCUUCCGUGCCGAAGUGCACGAGUUUCUCUCCAAGAUGCUGCGGGAGAAGGGUUUCGCGGGCGUUGAGGUCCGAAUGACCCCGGUGAAGACGUACGUGCUGAUCCGCACGACUCGUCCCCGCGAUGUGUUGGGCGAUUCUGGCCGCAGUCUGAGGGAAUUGGCGUCAUUGGUUCAGAAAAGGUUCGGUUUCCGGCCGAACCAGGUGGAGUUGGUGACUGUGCGUGUUGAGUCAAGAGGUCUGUCGGCUAUGGCUCAGGCUGAGUCUCUCCGCUUCAAAUUGCUGCAGGGAAUGCCGCCACGUCGUGCUUGCUAUGCUGUGCUCCGGACGGUCAUGGAGUCGGACGCCAAGGGCUGUGAAGUCACUGUCGCCGGUAAACUCCGUGCCCAGAGAGCUAAGACCAUGAAGUUCAAGGACGGGUACAUGAUCUCCAGAGGCCACCCCGCUAACCUCUACAUCGAGCAGGCCAUCCGCACUGUUGCCAUGAGACAGGGCAUCCUCGGCGUACGCGUCAAGAUCAUGCUUCCCCACGACCCCAAGGGCAUCAACGGACCCAAGACUCCUCUGCCCGACACUGUCCUCGUCCACGAUCCCAAGAACGUCCAAGACUCACUCACCAUCAAGCCCUACGUCAAGACCUACAAACCUGCCGCACCUGUGCCCGUCGUUGAGACCGCUGCCCAACCCGAGCAGCCUGCCGCCGUUGAGGCCUGA